GAGCGCGAGGCAGAGAUGGAGGAAGGUGCCCAGGCCCCAGACUGGGACAGUGAUGAAACGGUGAUCGAGGCAUCGGUGACGGAGAGCGACCAGGAAGAGGAGGAGUUGCCCUGGAGAAGGUUGAUCUUUAAUCAAGACACAUCUCUUAGAUCUGAGUUCAGUCUCCAUCCUGGUAUAAGUAGAACAUGCAAAGGCACACCUCCAGAGAUUCAACUUGGAUUCAAACUUGGAGAGGAUCCACAAGAGCAAAUGAAUAAAAAUCAGAUGAUGCCUAUUCUUAGUGAGGAUGCAGUCUUACAGCAACCUCAAGAUGAAAUGGAACAAAAUGAAGCUCCGUUACAGAUUAGAAAAAGUUGUCCAGUGUUCACUGUGUCAUUUCCCCAGGCUGAACUUUCACUGAACCCCCAGAGUAUUCAAGGACCUGAGGCUGAAGAUCCUAAAGUGUUAACACACCCAGAAAAGGAACUAAGUAGAGACAGAGACUCUCCUGAAAUAAGCCUUCUCUCAAGUACCACUAUUAAAGAAUUUGAUACAUUUGCUGUAAAGGAGAACUCGUUAAUAGAGCCAGAGAAGGAGCCUAGCAAGGAAGUCACAUUGACCAUGACUUCUGAAGAAACCAAAGAUGAAGAAAGCUCUCUUGAAACUUUUGUGUCUGCCUUAGAAAAGUUACUGACAUCACCAGAAAUCACCCAGGAGGAAAGACCAAUUGAACGUAGAGAGUUGAUGAACCCAUUGAGCAGUUCUUCGAGUUCCAUAUCAAUACCUUUGACAUGUCACAAAGAUUUAGUAGAAAACUCAAAGGAUGAUGCAUUGCCAGCUGAGUCGUUAGCAGCCUUAAACACGUUGUCAGAAGCCAAGGUGGAACCCAUCUGUCACAGAAAAGAGGGAGAUAUCAGUCUCAGUGCUGGAAAUGAAUGUUUAGGAGUGGAGCCCAAUAUGUCUCAGACUGAUGAAGAUUGUACACAAAUAGCAGAGGUGAAUUUUGAGACUCUUUGUUCUACUCAACCAUUUGAACAAGAUUCCAAGUUAGGUGAGCUACAGGACAAGCAUCUUUCAGUGCAGCAAAGUCUAGAAGACCCAAAUCCAUUUGGAUUGCAAACUUUGGUUCAUCAAAAUGUCACCUCUUGUGAUCCACUAAAUAAUAAGGGAAAUUCAAAUCCGGUGGAAAAUAGCUCUGACCAGGACACUCCAUGUGUGUUAAGGAGAUCGUCCAGACUGAAAGUAGGCAGAGAUGCAAAGCCCACAGAUGACAUGUAUAAGAUGCCAGAAAAGAUUUUACCCAAAAUACUUGGCUGUGAGGAUCAAACAAAUAAUAACUCUUCAACUGAGAAUUUCAGAACGCAGAAUCCUGCUUUAAGGAUUGAAGGUAAAGGGAAGACUGUGCGUUCAUCCAGACUCAAGAGUGGAAAACAGCUCAGGAAAAACAGAAAACUUGCAGGGAAAAAUGAAAAAAUGAAGAUGAAUAAAGUAUCUCGUUGUAACAUUAACCGUAGAAACAUCUUUGGAGAGAACUUACUGUAUAAAGCUGCUCUGCACAAUGACGCUAAUCUUGUUCAUCAUUAUAUGAAGAAAGGUGGAAAUGUUAAUCAACCAAGUUAUGCUGGUUGGACAGCACUUCAUGAAGCUAGUGUAGGAGGAUUUUAUCAGACAGCAAGUGAACUAUUGAAGGGUGGAGCAGAUGUAAAUAUCAGAGGAAUGUACCAGAUCACUCCCCUACAUGAUGCUGUGAUGAAUGGACAUUAUAAGGUGGCACAGUUACUUCUUGUGAAUGGAGCAGAUCCUUUAUUUAGAAAUGACAGUGGAAAGUGUGCUUUGGAUGAAGCCAAAGACUCAUGUAUGAAGCGUCUCCUUGAGAGAUACGUUCCUAAACAUCAAAAACAUCUUACAUCAGCACAGACAAAUAACACUGACCCUUCAGACUCAGAGGAUGCACACCACCACAAGAGACCAAAAUUCAGUUCUAAAAAUCACAGUGGGUUUGUUUGUGAUGAAAAUUCCAAGAGACAGAAGCCAGAACAUGUAAAAGUCAAUAAAGGAAGCAAAGAGGGUUUAUUUAUAAAUAAAGAAGAUGUAUAUGAACAUUACCAAAAAGAUUCCCAAAACACGAAAUUUGGUAAAUCCAAGCAUAAACGAUCAACUCUUAACCAAAUAUACUCGACAGGACUCAGAAAGGACAGUCUCCAUGGUGUUGAGGAUCCCAGCACAAAUGUGUCUAAAGAUAAAGGAAGAAGAAAUACAGGACAUAAAAGGACUCAAGUGGAUGAUGCAAUCCAAGAAAGCAAUCCAAGAAAGACAAUAGCUGUCUCUUCUUCCAGAAAAAUAAACAGAUUGGUUACUUGUCAGCAACAUACUCUCCAAACCCUUGAUGACCUUCCAGAAAAGUCAUGUAAAUCUUUUAGCCCACCUCUGUCAGGCCUGAAAAAUGGUUUAGGUAAUGAUGUUGAGACUUGUUCAUUUCCCAAAGAGACACAUACCCAAAGCCUGGAUUUAUCAGAUAGUCAAGAAAUAAAAUUUUUGGAAUUAGAAUCCACUGACCAAGCUGAAGCCGUUUCUUUCUCAGGACUUUCUUUACAUAAAAAAACCGAGUUACCACUUGUUACUACAGAUCAGCAGCCUCAUACUCACCAAGAACAGCAGCACAUUAGCCCUUAUAAAUCUCAUGAAAACAGUAACUCAGGUCAAAAAGAUGAGAGCCCUAACAAGUGGGAAAAAUUUUCCCCAUCCUUUAUAAAGGAAAAUUUUAAUAAUGAUGAUGAUGGUGAUUCCUGUGCUCCUGAGGAGACUGUAACAUUUAAAAAGGUGAUAAGUUCUUCAGGUUGCAAAAACCACGAUAAUUAUAAAGAGAAUAAAACAAAUAGAGAAGAAAUGGAUUUUCAACAGUUUUUACCUUCUCAAGACCAUUUUUCACAGGAAAAUGAGUUAAUAAAAGCAGGCAGCCUAACCAUAUUUCCACAACAGGAAGCUGUUAAUUUUUCUAAUUCAGAUAAUAUAAUAGUUUCUGAACAUGUUUCAAAUUAUGAACAGUGUACAUGUGGAACUUCUCUUGAUCAUUCACAUGGCAGUCCUGAGCGUCCUUCCCUGGCUUGGACAAGGACACUCUCACCACAUGCAGUUUCACAGUUGACUAGUCACGUGGAGCUAUUCGAGAGGCCUCAGGAUUGUAGCCCCAGAAUACCAACUCCUUUAAUGAAUCAAACGGAUACACAUACUGUGGAAAAGGUGAAUAAGGAAGGAGACACUAAAAGGAAUUACACUGACAAAGGCCAAAAACAAAGUUCUUCAAAUAGGCCUUUAUCCAGAGUUGUUCAUUCUCAAGUAAUAGAAACAACUAAAGUUGAAAAAAGGAGACAAGAGAUCAAAACUAUACAUAGUAUAGGCUUUCAGUCCACUGACAAUAUAAAUAAAGAAUUGACCGUCUCACAACUUAGUCAAAGAGAAGAGAAGGAAAUUUCUCACAAACCAGGUAUUAGUGAGGAAUUAACUAAUAAUGUCAAUGGAGAUGAAAACACUAUAAGAAAUUGUGAGGAGAAGAAAGAAAAAACAGAUUCAGAAAUUCACGUGCCUACUAACAUCCAGGAACACAAAAAAGUUCAGAAUUUCAGAAAAAGGCAAAAUUUCUUGAAAGCUACCUGCAGCCAAGAAAUGAAAACAGCUGGGAUCAAUAAGAGGCAUGCCAGAGGAGAAAGCCGGCUUCAUGUGGCUGCCAGAAGAGGAGACUUGUCUCUGGUGAAAGCUCUAAUAGAAUCUGGAGCAGAUGUGAAUCUAAAAGAUAACGCAGGUUGGACACCACUUCAUGAGGCAGCUAGUACGGGAUGUAAUGAUAUAAGUGUAGAGUUGUUAAAAGCUGGUGCUAAUGUUAAUUGUGAAAAUGUAGAUGGAAUUCUGCCCUUACAUGAUGCUGUUGCAAACAACCAUUUAAAGGCAGCUGAGAUUCUGCUACAACGUGGAGCAAACCCUAAUCAAAAGGAUCAAAAGCAGAAGACUGCUUUGGAUGAAGCAGAUGAUAAAAACAUGAAAGAGCUGCUAAAAUCUUAUGGUGCUAUUGAGACUGACAAUAGAGAUGAGAGUAAUGCUGUAGUCACUGUAAAAAUUCCUGCUAUCCGGGCAAAAAGACAUAAACAGUGUUUUUGUGAUGACUGCAAAACUGUCGAUACACGUUCUAUUUCACACCAAGAAAAAACAAAAGAAAACCUUGCCAUGCAUCAGACCAUCAGUGCCAUUCUACAAGAUUUAGAAGAAAAACAAGAAAAUUUAUUAGCGUUUGAAAUAAGAACCCCUGAAGAUGCAGAACAAUACAUUGAUAAGAUGUUAGAGAUAAAGGAGGUUAUGGACAACGUGCUUGCCAAACAGAAGGCAGAAAGGGAUGAUUUAGCUAAAAAAUACAGGGUGUCCAUAGAGUCAUUUAAGCAUGGAGUCCUGAGAGAACAACUAGCUAACUUGGCCACAAGGCAGAAGAGCCUUUUACUUGUAGCAAAAAAACAGAAAAAAAUAAGCCAGAAAAUUCAGAUCUAUAAGAAUGUUACAUCUUUGUCUGGUCUUAGUUUCAAGAAGCUGCCAUUGAGCUCAGAAAUCUCUAAUGAAAAGGACAGCCAAGAGUUUACCAGUCUGGAAAAUUCAGUACAGCCCCAGUCAGGUUCAUUUUCUCCUGUCAGCCUUGUUUGUGGAAGCAUGCAGGAAACACAGUUGUCUUGGGAAAUUUGGCAUGACAACCAAAAUACCAACACUUGUCUAAAUUCAAAGACAGUGAGAAGGGAAGAAUUUUCUGGAAAUGAACUGAAUUCUAAACAAAGUGUCAGUGACUGUACCUUAGAUAGAUUAUCAAAAUCCAGACUUUCAGAUGGCACUAAGAAGAUUAAAUUACAAUCCCAACCUAUUUCUUUUAUUGCUCAAGCAGAAUAUUCACAAAAAGAAAAUGAUCUUACAGAUACUACAGCCAAAGGGCAUGAGUCCUUUAGUCCUUCAGCAGUAACUGGCACAUUAAAGAUUUCAGAAACCGCAAGUGUAUUUGCCCACAGUGAUGCCAAUCCAUCAACUGUUAUUUGUGAUCAGGCUCUUUCCAAUUGUGAUCCAAAAAAAGGAAACAGGAAAACAGCUUCCCAGCAACCACAUAGGGGGACAUCAGAAUCCCUGGUACAUCAAGGGAUUGAUGUCUUUGGCAGUAAUACGGGGCAUCAGGUGAAACCUUAUCUUAAAAAAUCAGCUCUUGCUGUUCGACAUGCAAAUGAUAGUCAGAGCUCCUCCUCCUCUGGGUCUGGCCGUCAACAUACUAUAAAAAAUCCUUCAAAAUACAGCACAACUCCUAAAAAGAAAUGUAUGCAGAUAAAGGAUCUGAUAUUGCUAGGAAGAAUUAAUCCGGGAAAUAAUAUUCUGGAAUUCAAAACACAGGAGACAACCCAUAAAGCCAGUGUUUUAUUGAAUGGCAAAAUUAAGGUAGAAAAUGGUCAGAUUUAUCAAAACCCAGUCAUCUGGCUCAAGGAUCUUCUAGGAGCUGACAGUUACGUGACCUGGAAUUAUGCUUGGAGUAAGGUAACAUACCGGGGGAAGGAACUUUUAAAGUAUAUUUCUGAGGAAUUACCCUUGCCUCCAGACCCAAACUUGGUACCUCAGCAACAUCAACCUUGUCUUCCAGAUAUUUCAGAAAAUGUUAGUGCUAAUUUGAGAACUGUGGAGGCGCCAGUAUGCCAACCAGCAUCUUGCUACCUUGAUCUGGACCUAGGAAUCUAUAGACAGGUCCCUGCAGGCAUCCGUAGGCUGCUGUUGAAGUUUUGUUGGAACAUCCUUGAUUUAGGAUUCUUUUGUACCUGGUUUUGUGGUACCUGA